AUGGCGCCGAGAAACCUCCGUAAGAAGCGGGUAGCGGAUUCCGACGACGAAGAGGAUGAGCAGGGUGCUCAGGCGCUCCGGGAGCGCAUGGAAGACGCCAAGACGCUGAUAAAGAACCGUGUCAAGUCCAAGGGCGUCGGAGCCGAGGCGUUGGCCCUCGGAUCGGGUAAAAAGGACGUGGACGCGGAUGAAGACGCGGAUGACGGCAAACACGCGCAAUUCGCGGCGGGAGCCGCGGUGGACGUCGACGGGGAGGAUCCCAACAUGCUUCGCUACAUCGAGCAGGAGCUGGCCAAACGACGCGGCGCCGGCGGGGACGAGGGCGGCGACGGCGCGGGUACCAGCGGCGGAGGGGCCAAGUCCGCGGAGGAGAGACUCUGGGAUACCCCGGACGAGCUCCGGGUGAAGAAGACGGAGGGCGAGGAGACGGCCGAUCGAUGGCUCACCGGCAUCGUCGAGGUUCAGCUCCCGGCGGAUUACAAGAUUAAGAACAUCGAGGCGACGGAGCGAGCCAAGGCGAAGAUGCUGGAGAAAAUCCACGGCGGCGGGGACGGCGCGGCGAUGGACCACCCGCACAGCAGGCAAGCGGAACUCGCGGCGUCGCGGGCGGCGUUGAGGGUGGAGGACGACGGAGGAUUUCAAAAGGCUGAGGCGUCGGCAAACCUCAAGCUCCAGCGAAAGGAGUUUGCGACGUCGUUCGGAAGGGGGUUCGGCACGAAGGCGAAGAAACCCAGGCACUAA